AUGGGAAAUAUUGUGACAGAUAGCGCUGCUUCGCAUAACAUUGCUGGUGCAUUAUGGGCAGUGGAUGAAAGGCGUUUAUUGAUAACCAAAUUUACUUUUAUACCCUUAUCAAAAUCUGAAAAUGUAACAUUUUGGGGUGGCCCUUCAAAACCCACAGGAAAUGCUGCUUUAGAUUUAUUUCCUUCCGAAAAUGGAUUUAUUGUUGAAGCAAUUCCGAUUGAAUUAAAUAUAUUUAAUGGAAAAAUUAUUGAAAUUGAAGCAAAAAUAUUUUCUAAUACUUUACAACCCGAAACUCAUGAUAAAAAUAAAAAUGGAAGCGAAAAAGUUUCUGAGAUCAAAAAUAAAAAUCAAAAUUCUAAUUUAUUAGCAGAACGUGAAGAAGAGGAAGAGGAUGAAAAAAUAAUAAUAGCAGCCAACAUAACUUCAAAUAGUACAAAAAGGGAUAGAAGGAAUUUAUACAAUGAAAUUUUUGAUAAUAUAACUGAAGAAGAAAAUGUUAAUUUUACAAGAUUAGUUAGUUAUGAUACUCAACAAGAUGAUAUAGAAUUUAAAGAAAAUAAAUUAGAAGAAAAAAUAAUUUUAAAUAAUUUUACAAGCUUGUCAGUUAAUUUAGAAGCAAAAAAUGGAAGCUUCGAAAAUGAAAGUUUUGCUUCAAGUUUUAUUAGAAAUGAGCAAUUUGCUUCACCAAAUGAAGAAAAAAUAUUAAGAAAUUUAAAAUCAACUUAUUACCAACAAACUUUACUUUUAACAUUACCUCCAGAGAGAUUAACAAAAUUAUUGGAUUGGUUAGCUGUUUGGGAGCACGAGGAAAAUAAAGAAGCAUUAGCUGUUGUUCUGAUACCCAAGGGGCUUCAAAUACCUUCAAUUGUUCAGAUUAGAGCAUUUCCUUCUCCGGCUAUUGGAAUUAAUGGAGUUAAAAUGUUACAGUCUGGACCUAUAAAGGUAUUGGAUACAAAAACAAUUGAAGUAACUGAAUUUACUUUUCUUUCUGAUAACCUUCCAGCUUGGUUUAUGGUUGGGAAAGAAAUUAUGCCUAAUGCUAAGGGACAUAUUGUUCCUAUAUUUGACAAAACAAAUAAAAGCUUCAACUGCGAUUCUUUAAGAGAGUAUCACAACGAAACCGUAACUUUACGCCUUCCUGAUCCGUUUGAUAUUAAAGACGUGUUUUGGUUUGCUAAUGAUAUGCAACUUCCGCCAGAUUUGGUUAAUUUACAGACACCUCAAUGUAUUUGGAGAAGGAAUAUUGCCUAA